UAGGUGUGAGGGACAUCCAUGCUGACCAUGCAGCCAGUCACAUUGGGAAAGCACAAGGCAUAGUUACCUGUUUAAGAGCAACUCCGUAUCAUAGUACAAGACGAAAGGUCUUUCUUCCCAUGGACAUCUGUAUGUUGCAUGGAGUUUCCCAAGAGGAUUUCAUAAGAGGCAAGCAAGAGCAAAAUGUGAGAGAUGUAAUUUAUGACAUUGCCAGCCAGGCCCACGUCCACCUAGAACACGCUAGAUCUUUCAGUAAGAAAGUUCCUGUGAAGGCGUAUCCUGCUUUUUUCUGUACGGUUGCUUUAGAUGAUUAUUUAUAUAAUAUACGAAAAGUCGACUUCAAUAUAUUUCAUCCGAGCUUACAAAUGAAGAGUACAUUAUUACCAUUGCAUUUAUAUAUUAGGUCUUGGAAAAAAACAUAUUAAAGUGUGGUUUUUUAAUAUG